AUGUUCACAAUUCGCCUCUUCCGGACGCGAAAUCCAUGUAUUCGAAUCCGCAUUCCAAUAGUUGAAAACUUCCAGCAUCAAUUGACCACUCGAACACGUGCCACGGCGUACAUAUCAACCACAGCUCGAUUCAAUAUGCCCGCUAAAAAGGCAGCAGCAAAGAGAAAGGCUUCCACGCCCGAAGACACCAAAUCACCAGAUGGAGCAUCGAAGAAACAAAAGAUCACCAAUGGCUCCUCCGAUCCUCUUCGAGAACCUCAUCAUUCGGCUCAAUUAGCCGAAGAGAAUGGUAUUGUCCUCCGCAAAUACUAUCCCCACGAAAUGUCCAAUGCCCGCGCGCAAGCCUACAACGACGAUGAACUUCCUCGUCCCAUAGAUCUCUUGAAUUCGGCGCUUUCAAGUACGAAUCGGGAAAGAGACAACAUUGAAGCCAAGAAUUCGGUGGUUCAUUGGUUUAAAUGUGAUUUACGGACCCAGGAUAAUAAGUCCUUGCAUAUGGCUAGUGAGAAGGCCAAGGAAGAGGGAUUGCCUUUGAUUGCGUUUUAUAUCAUCAGUCCUCAGGAUUUCGAAGCUCAUUUAACGGCUCCCGUGAGAGUGGAUUUUAUACUGAGGAACUUGGAGGUCUUGAAGGAGGAGUUGGGGAAACUUGAUAUACCACUUUAUGUUGAAACGGUGGAGAAGAGGAAAGAGAUUCCAGGUCGUAUUCUGGAGCUGCUAAAGGAAUGGGGAGCCAGGCAUCUUUUUACUAAUGUGGAGUACGAGGUGGAUGAAUUGAGGAGGGAAGCGAAGAUGGUGGAGAUGUGUUUGGAGAAUGGUAUUGCUAUGGAUGUCUUGCCUGACACUUGUGUUGUCAGUCCGGGAGAAUUGCAAAGUGGUAGCGGAAAGCAAUAUGCAGUUUACACGCCCUGGUUCCGAACAUGGGUAGCUCACGUACAUGAUCACCCAAAGCUUCUAGAACAAUUUCCUCCGCCAAGCAAGAAUCCUUCCAAAGCUCGAAAGACGUUUCCCAAACUAUUCGAUUCUACAAUUCCAUCGGCGCCCCCAAAUAAGAGCUUGACAGCCGAAGAAAAGAAACGUUUCAAGUCUCUUUGGCCCGCAGGAGAAGAAGAGGCAAAGGCCCGUCUGACCAAGUUCUGCGAACAAAAGAUAUCAGGAUAUACAGACCACCGAAACUUCCCCUCAGAGGCAGCAACCUCCUCCCUAUCUCCCCAUUUCGCAGCCGGCACCCUCUCCGCCCGAACAGCCAUCAAAUAUGCCCGCGAUCACAACACAACCAAAAAGCUCAACGCCGGAACCCAAGGAAUCCAAACCUGGAUCUCGGAAGUCGCCUGGCGAGACUUUUAUAAGCACGUUCUCGCAAACUGGCCCUACGUAUGCAUGAAUAAAUCAUUCAAACCCGAGUACACCAACAUCUCCUGGGAGUACAACGACGAACACUUUGAAACCUGGAAAACGGGUCAAACAGGCUAUCCCAUCGUUGACGCAGCGAUGCGUCAACUCCUCCACACGGGCUGGAUGCACAACCGGUGUCGCAUGAUCGUCGCCUCCUUCCUCGCCAAACACCUACUCACCGACUGGCGUAUGGGCGAAGCCUUCUUCAUGACGCACCUCAUCGACGGGGAUUUCGCGUCGAAUAAUGGGGGCUGGGGGUUUGCGGCUAGUACGGGGGUUGAUCCUCAGCCUUAUUUCCGCAUCUUUAAUCCCCUGUUGCAGAGUGAGAAGUUUGAUGCAGAGGGGAAUUACAUUAGGAAGUGGGUCAAGGAGCUGGAGGGGGUUAAGGGCAAGGCGAUUCAUGAUCCGUAUGAGAGGGGCUGUGGGAAAGAGGCGAAGAAGGGGGGGUAUCCUAAGAGGGUUGUGGAUCAUAAGGAGAGUCGGGAGAGGUGUUUGGCUAGGUAUAAGGAGGGGCUUGGGAGGGAGACUUCGUAG